UCGGAGCGCUGGCUGCUGCCCGUGCCCCGCGUCCCCGGCGUGGGCGGCUCAGCCUGGGGCUCCGCUGGAUUUACUGUCGCUGCUGCCGGCCCGGGGGGGGACACGGGGAGGGACGAGAGGAUGCUCCUGCAGCGGGCACCCCGUGGGUGAGGAGGAGCGGCUCUCCGCUGCCGGCAGCGUGGGGACAGCGCGGAUGGACAGAGCGUCCCUCUCCUCCCGGCCCGACAUGGACAAACGCGGCACGGGCGGCUCCAGGACGGCCAGGGCAGGGAUGGGCAGGCCCCGGGCGGGGCUGGCACCUGUCCGGGCAGCCAGCUGUGCCCAGCUGCUCAGCAGCACCAGACACUGCCCUUGGAAAAUGAACCAGCUUCCUCCAAAGAGUCCUGUGGCAUCCCCGGUGUCAGAGAGCACGAAUUCCAGGCUAGAGGCUUUGGACAACUUGUCAAUGGACAGUUUUUGGCUGGAAGUGGAGAACAUUAAGCAGAGCGCUGAAGCCGAGCAGGAGGAGUGCAGCCUUGCAGAUGUCAAAACACAAGAGGAGGGAGAAGCCGAAGCCGAGUGGCUGCAGGACGCGGGGCUGGCCGAGCUGCUGGGGGACACGGGCUCGGACAAGGACAACCUGGUGCUGCUGUCCACGCUGACCAGGACGCAGGCGGCGGCCGUGCAGCGCCGGCUGGACACCUACUCUCGCUCCCGGCGCAGGAGGAACAAGCACCCCGUGCGCGACGUCCGCGACAUCUUCGGAGUGGCCGGCUCGGAGGACACAUCAGUGGAGAAAGAGGAGCCCAGCCCAGAUCCACUGUGGCACAAUCUACGGACUUCAAACACUCAGAGAACAGAAACCCAGGAUUAUUCCUGCACAGUUCGAAACCCUGGGAAAGAGGAGGUGUUCAACAUGGAUGUUGCCUACUCAGAGCAAGCAGCUGUCCUGCUCAAGGGAUCGUUCCUGUCUGAAUCCAGGAAGUUAAAGGACGGAAAUGCCCUAACUAGAUUUAAGAUCCCGAAGGGCAGACUAGGAGUGACCAGGAUUGGAGAUCUGUCGGCUCAGGACAUGAAGAAGAUCCCCACGCUGGCCCUCAUUGAACUUACAGCUCUCUGUGAUAUCCUGGGCUUCGAGCUGAAGAGAAAUAAAGCAGCAAAGCUGAAAACAACAGAGAAAAGACUCUUUGGAGUUCCACUCAACACCCUUUUGGAAAAUGACCAAAAGCUGCUGCCCAACACCAAGGUGCCUCUGCUACUCCAGGCACUGCUGUCCUGCCUGGAGAAGAGAGGACUUGAAACAGAGGGCAUCCUGAGAGUUUCUGGGUCCCAGACCAGAAUUAAGAGCCUGGAACAGAAGCUGGAAAGGGACUUCUACAGUGGCCUGUUCCGCUGGGAUGAGGUUCACCAGAACGACGUAUCGGGGCUGCUGAAGAGAUUCAUCCGAGAGCUGCCGGCCCCGCUGCUGACAGCAGAGUACCUGCCUGCCUUUGCUGCUGUUCAGAAUAUCCCAGACCUGAAGCAAAGAUUGCAAGCUCUAAACCUCCUGAUCCUGAUUCUUCCAGAGUCCAACAGGAACACUCUGAAGGCCCUUCUUGAGUUUCUCAGCAAGGUGGUUGCCAGGGAAAACAACAACAAAAUGAACCUCUGGAACGUUUCCACAGUCAUGGCCCCAAACCUCUUCAUGCACAAGGGGCUGCCAAACAAGAUCCCCGAGGGGAAGGAGAAGCAGCUGGCGGAGGGCGCGGCUGACGUGGUGCGGAUGAUGAUCCAUUACCAGGACCUGCUCUGGACAGUGUCCUCUUUUCUGGUAGCUCAAGUGAGAAAGCUGAACGAGAGCAACAACAAAAGGUACCAGUUCUGCGACAAGCGAAUUAAAAAUUUGUUGCGGAAGAUUCACGCUGAUAAAGACAAGGUGGAAAAGAACCAGGGAGAGCCUUCCAAGAUCGUGAAGGUCCACGCAUCACUGCUCCUGAAGGACUCUCUGGAGGUGCACCUGAACAAUGCAACCAGGGUUGCUGAUGUCUUGAGGCAGUUCCAGAAGAACCUGUGCCAGAAUGGCUGGAAUAUUGUUAACACUGUCAACCUCCUCAAGUGUAACAACUCCAUGGAGUGCACGAACUUGCUCCUGUAUGAAGUGGGAGGCAAUAUUGGUGAACAUUGCCUGGACCCUGACACUUACCUAUUGGACUUGUACCACGUCAACCCCCACGCUGAGUGGAUCAUUAAGCAAAACCCAUCUUAUCCUCGGAUGUUCUGAGGAAAACAUCAGCAAAAAAAGCACUUGGCUGCGGUUUUUGGAAGGUGUGGAAAUAGACACUCUCCUGUUGUAGUGUCAGAGCAGACACUGCUCGUUUCUUGGAAGGAAAAGCACCUUUAUUAAGUGCUUCCUUGGCAGCUGGCAGUGAGAGCACAGCAGCCUCUGUGCUAACAGGGCUGUUGGAAACAAGCAGCAAUUGUCACUGUGUAGCAGAGUUUGCAGGGGGAAUGACUGCUCCUAAACGAAAUAUCCCCCAAAACAAACCCUGUGGAGGCAAAGCUGCAGUGGCUGUACAGCAAAGAUGGAAGAGAAGAAGAAAAAUAUUAUCUUGAAUAUGGUGGAAGGCAUUUGUGUACUCUGGAUUUGCUCUUUCUUUUGGAGGAGGGACAGUCAAAUGCUGCAGUGGUACUAAGGGCGUCCCUUUGGUAAGGUCCAUCCUGUGGCACGUCACCAGAGGAGUUUAUGAUCCACUAUUAAGCUCCUGUUAUGUUCUUUGAGGAAUGGAAAAGGAUGUUUCCAAAGAGGCCAGACAGGAUGUGACACCAACGCAUCGUGUAUUUCACGACUGCAGUUAAAUACAAGACAAGAAAAUACCUUUCCUUGAAAAAAGGUAUGGAAAAUACAGCAGCCUUUCAGAUGUGCAGUGUGACAGGAGAGAUGCCUGUCCCAUGCAGCUCUGCUGGUAAUGCAAACCCAAAUUGGCACUGGUGAGGCUGAAACAUGCAUUUAUUUUGAUGGACAACCUAUGUGUCCACAGACAAGGCAGGAAAUAUCCAGAGGUUAACGUGGGGUUGAUAAUCUGACCUGGCCACUUGAACUGGACUCUUUGUGGAAGAUUCUGUGUGAAUGUGUUUGUUUAAAAGUCAGCAAACCUCCCCUGAGAUGCGAGGUGGCUGAACUGAGCUGAGCACUCAGUGCUCUGGCUGCACGUUUCCAUCACAGCCAGCACAGCGUGGUCACCGUGGGCUGGACAGGUGAGGGCAGAGCAGAACACCCACACCUUGCUGCUGCUUCAUCAUCAUCACCAUCACCCAACCCCGGCUCCAGGAGGACUGUGACUGUGAAGAAAGUGCAGAGGUGUUGCUUUCCUUUGUGGUGAUGCUGAAAUACCUCACGUGAGGGGCCCCGCUGUGCAGUGUGAGGGGUGAAACACUCAGCCUGUCUGGAAAUCUGGAUGUCUUCCUCUAAAUACUGUUUUUAAACACGGUUGGAUAUUUAUUCAUCUUGGCAGAAAGCAGGGCUGCCCUGCAAGUGUAUACUCAAAGUAUUUCAUUUGCCAAAUCCCAGCUGCACUAGUGACAAUCUCCAGUAUUAUUUCUUUUGUUAGAGAUGUUUGUUUCCAUUGCAAGCUGAAUUUUCCCUCCUCUCCUUUCCUUUUCCCCCAGGAUGAAGUGUAGUUUUCCUUAUUCAUUUUCUCAAACUCCUAGACUCUGUUGUAAAGGUGCUUCACUCCGUGGUUAUUCUGUCUGUGUGGUUAAAUCCUCUUGGUGCUUAAGAUCCUUGAGGAGCAGGUGAGCCACAGGCCACAUUCUUUCCAGCUUUUUGUGUAUUCUGUGUGAGUGGAGCAGAUAUCUUAAAAUUAUUCAUAUAUUAGAGAAUCUGUCUAUUCCUUUUGGUUGAGAUGAUGCAGAUGCAUUGACUGGUUGGAUCACCUUCAUAGAUGUCUUCUUAAGACCCUGUGAUAGAACCUCCCAACCCUGACCCUGGUGUCAACAGUGCUUGAGGUGCCUCUUUCCUAGGGCUCAAAUUGUGCCUGAAAGGGCCUGAUUCUUUUCCUUGAGAGUGGGUGAUUUAUGUCUCCGGAAAGAUCAAGCUGCUUUAAACUGGGGCUUUGAAAACCAAAGGUACCUGUUCAGCAUCCCCUCUGGAAUUCUUAGUGGCAGUGAUGAAGUCGAGAUGGCAAAAAGCAAAUGCCAGAGAUGUGAUACCCUGAGAAACACCCAACUCAUAAAGGUAUCUCUGUGAGCUCAAAGAUCCUUUGCAAGGCUGGAUUGCACUCUGCAGGUCCCACAAUGCUGCAUUUUUCCACCCCUCGGAUGCUGGUUUGUUAAAUAUUCUGUCCAUAUGUAUUGAGGGGUCCGGACUUCAUCACUGCUGUUGUGAACUACAAAUGAGUGGGGUUUUUUGAACACCAAACAUUGUGAAUCGGUGCUGUGAAAAACAAGGUUAAUGGGAGAUUCUCAUGAGACAAAUGUCAGGUUUAAAUAUGAAAGGAAAUGUAAAAAAACCAACCAACCAAACAAAACCCCAACAGAAUGAAACAGCUCUUUCCUGAUGAUGGAAGUGCUUUUUAAUUUUUAUCCUAUCUUUGUAUCAAAAAGUGUGAAUUUUUCACUGACGUGCAACCCACUCCUGAAGGAUGGCUUUUAAUACCUUUUAUUUUUUACAAAUUUUUAAUUCUGUAUUUAAAUUUCAUUUAUUCAGCAAAACAAUAAAAAUAUGGUAAAAUCUCUUGGCUCCAUUCUCAUUAGCACUUGAGAACGAGUUAAAUGGCUGCACAUCUGUGAAUGCAGCAGGAUUUGCCCCAUGCCUGAAGAGGGAUGUACCUGGGGUCUGAGUGGGCUGGGCAGGAGUUUUGUGUACUGCUUUGGGAGAGGUUUCUUUGGCUGAUCCUGUGGGGUUGCUGCAGGAUGGCCCAGAGGAGGAACAGGAGCUUGGUGUUGGGUAUAAAAUAGCUCAGAGGAAGGUGGAUGGGAGCUGAAGGUGAGCACCAAUGAUUAGUGACCUCUGGAGGAAGAGGAGCAGUUGUUCAAGAUUUAGGCUGGAGGAAAUGUGUUCACAUCCCAUGGGAACUCCUCUUCCUACCCCCUCAGUCCUGCUCAGCUGAGCUCAGCUCAGUGAGGUGGGUGCUGGACCAAGAAUAACAGGAAUCCAGCCCAGAUCUUUGGUUAAAUCAUGACU